AUGCAGGGCUUCUUUAGGAGUAUCUAUGAUUGGCUGCUGAGGAUGUUCUGGUACGUUGGAGCGAGAGCGAGUUCGCGGUCGAGCGGCGGCCGUUGUGUGCGGGCGACGGAGAUGGAUGUGACGAUGGUCGGCUUGCAGAAUGCCGGCAAGUCGUCUCUUCUGCGGGUGCUGGCGGGCGGAGAAUUCACGGUUGACUCGAUACCCACCAUCGGCUUCAACACCAAACGGGUGCAGAAGGGCCAUGUAACGCUGAAAUGCUGGGACCUCGGCGGCCAGCCUCGAUUCCGGCCCAUGUGGGAGCGAUACUGUCGCGGCGUCAACGCCAUCGUAUACAUCGUGGAUGCGGCGGAUAGACAGUCUCUGACGGCGUCGACGGACGAGCUGCGCGACCUGGUGAGCAAGCCGACGCUGGAAGGGAUCCCGCUGCUGGUGCUGGGCAACAAGUCCGACCUGCCAGACGUGCUCUCGGUGGACGAGCUGAUCGACGCCAUGGAGCUGAAGAGCAUAACGAAGCGGGAGGUGAGCUGCUACGGCAUCAGCGCGAAGGAGGAGACGAACCUGGACGCCGUGCUGAGAUGGCUCAUCGCGAGGUCGAAUCGGUGA